GAGAAAUCAACGGUUGUCUCGAGUAUGUAGACAUUCCGCUCGUAGCCCCCGGAACUGCCAGGGAGCCAAGUUCCAUCCGCAAUGUGGUUGCAACCAAGCAAGUGUGGUCCUGACAACCCCGGGAUCUACUCCCGUGGAUGGGGUUCAUAUCAAUAGGAUUUCACUGCGUCGUUCGACGGUUCGACAGAACCCGUCGUACUGACCCAAGUCAAACAAGUCUUGGCUUGCAUUCUUGAAGCACAAUAUUUCUCUCCCGAGAACCGGUCUUCAAGUCUGGACCACUCUCCAAGGAUUCAAUCCUGGCUGUCGACCAAGACAGCAUACCUGAGGGCCAAGGCGCCCACACCCUAUAACUCCAGUCAGUCCCGAUCUAACGAAGAUCUCUUCUGGCGAUCGCCACACUUACGACCAUCGCCAGUCAUGCCGAACUUGACCUGGACUCCGAGUUCCAACUCGACUUCGGCCUUUGUAGGCCAGCCGCCCAAUACUCAAAGGGAUUAUUACAUCGUCAGAGGAUUCUUGCGUGGAGUUGGGCUGGGCAAGACCGAUGCAGCACUAGGUUACACGCGUGCAUCAAAACCGCCAUACGAUGGUUACACAUAUACCUGGAAAACACCAGGGAUCAUUACUGGUCUUAGUAUUGUCAUCGCAGCCAUUGUAGCCGUGACCAGUACCAGGCUGUUCUUGAGAGCCUCGAUGUCCCAGAUGCGCUUCGGUGCUGAUGACUGGGCAACGAUUGCUGCUGCUGCCAUGGGAAUUACGUACACAGUCUGCCAAAUAAUCAUGGCAACGAGAGGUGGUGGAAGACACAUAUGGGACUUGACCUACGAAGACUACAACGUGUUCAACUACUACGGCGUCAUCGACAAACCGAUUUUCUACGUGACCGUGGGGCUCGUCAAAAUUUCCCUAACUUUGUUUAUUCGGCGCUUGGCUGAUCGAUCACACAAGGCUUGGAGGUGGUUCUGCGAUUUCUUCCUCGUCACGCUCGUCCUCUACAUCGCCGCCGCCAUAUUCUGGGAACUCUUCACCUGCAAUCCAGCCUCUGCGCAGUGGGACAAACUCUACGCCGGCAGUCUCGACACCGCCGCUGUAUGUCUACCAACGCUUACCCAGGGCAAAGUGCUCAACAUCACGCACGUUGUGCAGGGUGUAAUCCUCUUAUGCUCGCCUAUGGUGAUCCUAUGGACUGUUCGCAUGGACCGACACAAAAAGACACGGCUCUUCGUUAUGUGGGGUGUAGGACUUAUCGCAGUGCUAUGCGGGCUGAUGCGGCAUCUGAGGGCCGAUUUCACCGCCGACGUUAUGUGGGAUUAUACCGAGCUGCUGAUCUGGACUGCCCUAGAUGUGUGCAUAGGUGUCAUUGUCAUCUCGCUGCCGGUCAUGGAUGCCUAUAUAGCGGGGGCCUGGCGUAGCGCCGUCACGAGGCUGGGCGGACGCACCUAUGGCGGUUCUAAGUACGGCAGCAGCUCGAACCAAAAGACGCCUGCGGCCAGCAGAUAUGCACACGGGACGGCGACUAGCUCGACAGCGCCCAAAAAGUUCUCGGACUCGGAAUCGAUCGAGCAGAUAAUCCAAAAGGGCCACAACAGUGGUGGCAACGACACGGAGUUAAACACAAUCGUGAGGACAGACGAGUACAACGUGCAAUACUCGUCUGCUAGGGACAGUCUGGAUAACGAGGAACAAGCACUGAAAAAGGUGUACAACAAGCAGCUGUCGAGAACUUUCAGCACGACCUGA